AUGAGUGCGAGCCGAAAGAAGGCUCUUGUUGCCCUUGCCUAUGCGACAGCUCGAGACCAAAAGCUGGCUCCUAAGGCGAUUCUCAUUCGAUCUGACGUGCAUGAUACUACCACGGUCGCAGGCAAGCAUGUCAAAGAUACCAAAGGUUGGCAUGGCACCUUUGCCUUCAAAGACGACAACCAGGUGGAGCGGGAAUUCCAUGUGGCAUCGCAUGGGUAUACGAACAGCAAGGAGGAUUUCAGCCUCAAGGAGGCAACACAUACCCCAGAAAAGGAGGAUAGCACUUCACGGGGCGGGGCUGGAUCUGGGAAGGUUGUUUGGCCUGCAAAGCAUCUUCUUGAGGAAUAUGUGGACAGUCCUAUUGGUUACUCGCACCUUCCAGAGCAGAAUUAA